CCUUUUUCUUUCGACCAUGGCGGUUAUAUCAUCUUUUCGUCCGGCUAGUAGAGCUAGUAGCAAGUAGUUCGCCAACGGUAGUACUGGUACAGCACUGGCAGUGAUGUGAUUCUCUGCCGUGGUCGUAGUGACAAUUUCCAGAAGAUGUUGGCGCAUUGGAAUCCCACUGGCAUUGCGCUCGUUUCGUUGUGGCUUCUCAUCAUAACCACAAGUACGGCAUUCUCCUCUCUGGACGAUGGUCGUCCUGUCGCCAUAAUCACAGGUGGAACUCGUGGAAUUGGUUCGGGCAUUGCCUCUGCUUUGGCGGAUGAUGGAUUUGACUUGUUGCUCACAUACAAUAGCAACGUACAAGCUGCGCAAGACUUUGUCAAGACACUGCAAGACAAGCAUCCUUCGAUUCACUGUGAAUUGGUCGGUGGGGAUUUGUCCAAGGAGGAAACACGGCAUGCCAUUUUUGAUUGUUUCGAUACCAAGUUUGAUGGAAACAGUCAUCAUCUACAAGUUGUAGUCCACAAUGCCGGUCAGUAUUUGGGCGUGACAUCCACCAACGAAGCCGGUCUCGAUGCACAAUCCACAAGUUUUGGCGACAAUUCCAUUCUGGAUGAGAACGGCAUACCCAAUCUACAAGCCAUGAAAUUCUAUCAACGGCUCUACGGAGAUGCUUGGAUUGAUCUCUGCGAACGAGGCAUUGCUCGCAUGAAUAGUGCUAAUGGAGGCUCUUUGAUUGGUAUUUCCAGUCCAUCCGUCAAUUCCAUGUACCGACCCGAUCCCACAUACUCGUUGCCCGGUUCGGGCAAGUGCAUCAUGGAGUACUCCAAUCGAAUAUUGGCCCUCAAGGGCGCCGCCAUGAAUAUCAAUUGCAACGUCAUUAUACCCGGAGUUACCCUUACCGAUUCUUAGAACUAUUCUGCCCGCCAAUACGGAGCCAAGUCGGCAGAAGAAAUCAUUGAUCGAGCCGUUUCCAGCAGAGUGCCCAUGAAACGACCUCUGGAAGUGCGGGGGAUUGGAGACGUUGUCUCCUUUCUGUGCAGUCCGCAGGGCCGUUACAUUACGGGAGUGGCACUUCCAGUCGAUGGGGGGAUGCACCUGCGAUAGUAUAGUUACAUCAUUGCUACAAGUAAUAGAACCGCUGUAUGCUACUACCGGUACCGGUACUGAUCUUUAUGAGCUUCUGUAUGUCUGAUACAGACUGAGAUUGUAUUCAGAACAGCUACCCCGCCACAGUUGAG